CUCUCUUCUCUCUGCUUCUUCCAAAUUGCAAUUUCAAGGAUGAAUCGCCUCGCGCCGUUAUCGGAGGAGCCGAUCGACGAAACUGACGGCCGGACACGGCAUCGCAACCGCAGCACCGCCGCCGGCAGCAGAGGCGGAGGACGAUCGUGGCGGAACUGGAUCAGAACUCAUCUUUCGAUCCUUUAUUGUGGAAAAAAGUCCGAUAGCCUUAAUGUCCUUCUCAGCGUCCUCGGCUGCCCUCUCUUUCCCGUCUCCGUUCAACCUAACACUAUCGUUUCCUCAACCAAUCAGGUUUCAUCGUCGUCUCAGUAUAUUAUAGAACAUUUUAUCGCUGCGACGGGGUGUCGGAAAUUGAAAGGGAGGGUGAAGAAUAUAUUUGUGACGGGAAAACUAACAAUGGGGAUGGUGGAUGAGGUUAACUCCGGCGGCGGAGGACCCACGGUUGGAGUGGCACAAAAAGGUUGCUUUGUGAUGUGGCAAAUGAUUCCUAACAAGUGGCUGAUAGAGCUGGCUGUGGGAGGCCACAGCAUUGUGGCCGGCAGCGAUGGCAACGUCGCUUGGAGGCACACGCCUUGGCUUGGUUCUCAUGCCGCCAAGGGCGCCGUCCGCCCUCUCCGCCGUGCUUUUCAGGGACUUGAUCCGCUAGCAAUUUCUGAAGUGUUCUCUCCAGCACAGUACAUGGGAGAAAAGCAAAUCAUGGCCGUUGAUUGUUUCGUCUUAAAAUUGUCAGCAGAUCAGACGGACCUCGUCGAUCGAAGCGACAACACAGCCGAGAUGAUCAAGCACGUGAUCUACGGCUACUUCUGUCAACGACGUGGACUUUUAGUAUACUUGGAAGAUUCCUCGUUGACUCGGAUUCAAUCCCCUGGUUCUCACCCAAUGUAUUGGGAAACGACUAUGUCCACAAAAAUUGACGAUUAUCGAUCGAUUGACGGUGUAAUGAUUGCUCACUAUGGUGAGACCAACGUCGUCAUCACACGAUUUGGAGACGAUCUUAAAACUGGUCCUAUGAUCACACGUAUGCAGGAGAACUGGAAUAUUGAUGAUGUGGCGUUUAAUGUUCCUGGAUUGUCGAUGGAUAGUUUUAUCCCGCCAAAGCAAAUUCAAAAUGAUCAAACAAAUGAAAGGUUGGGAUUGGACGACACCGCUCGAUAAUCCAAUGGUAAAAGCCUUUACUUAUUAAAGAAAUUUUCCUCUAUUUUCAUCUUAAAUAGCAAGUUUAAUGACGUUUUCUUAACCUAAAUAUUAACAUGAUACAACAUUUGGCUAAACUUGAGUUUGUAACUGUAAAUAUUGUAAUUCUCUCGUAUCUAAAUAUCAUUUCGAACCAUGUCCUUUUAGUUUU